UAUAACGCGACGAAUUCAAAGGGACAUAGUUAUUAUGCUGCAAAAUUCAUAUGUGAUUGCGUUGACAUCCAUAAUCUCUGAUAAUGAAUAUGAUUAUUUAACGAUUUUCCGAUUGUGUAUGACAGAAUGAUGCAACCGAGAUAAAUCUGCAAGACCGCGAAGAGAAAAAACUGCCGGAAAUGAGUGCGGAGGUCGAAAAAAAGAAAGUUGUUCUCGCCUACAGCGGGGGAUUGGACACUUCCUGUAUACUCGUGUGGUUGUUGGAGAACGGAUAUGACGUCGUCACCUUCCUGGCGGACGUAGGUCAGAGUGAAGAUUUCGAGGCGGCAAGAGCUAAGGCUGCCAUACUGGGAGCGUCUAAGAUGGUCAUUCAAGACGUGAAAACGGAGUUUGUUGAAGAGUUCAUUUGGCCGUCCAUCCGCGCUAAUGGACUCUACGAGGACCGAUAUCCGAUGGGCACUGCUCUAGCAAGACCAUGCAUUGCACGGGCCAUGAUAAAGGUUGCGAAGGAAGAAGGGGCCAAAUACGUGGCGCAUGGGGCCACUGGAAAGGGAAAUGAUCAGAUUCGCUUUGAACUGUCCGCAUACGCGCUGCAUUCAACGAUUGAGGUGAUAUCACCAUGGCGCCUGCCCGAGUUCUACACGCGAUUUAAAGGUCGAAACGAUUUGUUUGAGUACGCAAAGGAGAAGGGAAUACCACUUCCGGUGACACAAAAGGAUCCAUGGAGUAUAGAUGCGAAUCUAAUGCAUAUCAGCUACGAAUCCGGCAUUCUUGAGGACCCUCAGACGCAUGCGCCAAAGAAACUCUACGUAAUGACGACACAUCCGGAAGAUGCCCCGGAUGUCCCCACUGUGCUCGAGAUAGAGUUCCAAAAAGGGCUACCAGUGAAGGUUGUUAACAAAGACGAUGGGACAACUAAAACGAAAGCACUGGACUUGUUCAUUUAUUGCAAUGAAAUUGGAGGAAAGCAUGGCGUCGGACGGAUAGAUAUCGUUGAAAAUCGUUUCAUUGGCAUGAAAUCACGAGGUAUAUAUGAGACCCCAGGGGGCACCAUUCUGCUGUCAGCACACAUGGAUCUCGAGGUGUUCACACUUGACCGGGAACUUCGUAAAAUCAAGCGAAAAUUAGACGCAGAGUUUGCAGAACAGGUUUACAGAGGCUUUUGGUUCAGCCCAGAGGCGGAGUACACCCGGAGGUGCAUCGCGCUAAGCCAGGACCACGUUGACGGCACGGUGACGGUGAAAGUCUACAAAGGGGGCGUGUACAUAUUGGGAAGAGCGUCGCCACACUCCUUGUAUAACGCGGAGUUGGUCAGCAUGAAUGUACAAGGGGACUACGAACCAACUGAUGCAGGCGGCUUCAUCAAAAUUAACGCUCUUAGAAUAAGAGAAUACCAACGUCUUCGGGCCAGCGAAACUUCGGGGAAGUAACUCCUUCUGAAUUGGUUUUGAAUUGUUGCCCUUAAAGACAACAGCGCGAUGUUUCGGGGACGUUAGUAUUUUGAGUCGUGUUCUGAGAAAACUGGACAUAAUGCAUGUGCGUAAAGUGUCAGUCCGCACAGGCUAAUCAGGGACGACACUUUCCGCCUAAAUUUAAUUUUUGAUCAGAAGAGACUUCAUUUAAACGAAAAAUGUCAUAAAAGCGGAAAGUGUCGUCCCUGAUUAGCCUGUGCGAAGUGCUCAGGCUAGUCCGGGACGACACUUAACGCACAUCAAUUAUGCCCAGUUUUCUCAGAACGCGAAUCAUUUUGUCUCAAUCGUCUAAGAUGAAUUAUCUUAAUAACAAAUAUUGACUUGUAUCUUGGGGUACAAAACUACGAAAUCAUUUUAUCAAGUAUUUGUUCAAUAAUCAGGUAAACAAAAUUAAAUGUAUUCAAUCCA